UACAUCUCUACUGCCAUGUCAUGACAGUCUACCACGUAGGAAAAAGCAAAAAAUUAAAAAAUAAGGGGGAAAAAAUCUACUAUUCCUCACCUUUUAUCGCAGUUCAAAACCCAGGGGUUUACUUGGGCUACAACAACAUCCUUCAACCAUUCUCGGCCACCGGUAAACGGCAACGUUCGUCUCCGUCAAAAUUCUGUAAUAUUUCAUACCGGCGUGAACCGUGAAAUUAUGAAGAUCAGAAGUUGUGCUGGCAUUACAAAACCAAGUUUUUUGCUUGUACAUUACGAGUUACCUGCUCUAACCUUCCACAAGCCCGAAUUAACUUGGACAUCAACUCUUAGAAUGCCUUGUAACCAUGAGAGGACUUUUGGAUCAGUUACAAGGUUUCAUUAUUCUGUUGCUGAUAGAAUCUUGGCUUCUACAUCUGUGCGUUCAUCUGCAUCAAGGCCAAAUACUGUUCGUUUGGGUCGGAAACAACGUGAUUCCUCAUCCUUGUAUAUUCGUCCUAGUUUGUUGGACAUGAAAAAAGAGAGGAUAGCAAAUCACGCCAAGGUUUAUGAGUUUUUGAGGGGAGUUGGUAUUAUUCCUGAUGAGUUAGAUGGGUUAGAACUUCCUGUCACGGUUGAGGUUAUGCAGGAACGUAUAGAUUUUCUUCAUAAAUUGGGCCUUACUAUUGAAGACAUCAACAACUAUCCACUUGUUCUUGGUUGUAGUGUGAAAAAGAACAUGAUUCCUGUGCUUGACUAUUUGGGGAAAUUGGGUGUUAGAAAAUCCACUUUUACAGAGUUUUUGAGAAGAUAUCCACAAGUACUCCAUGCAAGUGUUGUGGUUGACCUUGCCCCUGUGGUAAAGUAUCUUCAAGGGUUGGAUAUCAAGCCUAAUGAUAUUCCUCGGGUCCUUGAGAGAUAUCCAGAAGUCCUGGGAUUCAAGCUUGAAGGGACCAUGAGCACAUCAGUGGCUUAUUUGGUUGGCAUUGGAGUGUCAAGAAGGGAAGUUGGAGGGGUCUUAACCAGAUACCCUGAGAUUCUGGGGAUGCGAGUAGGCCGUGUGAUCAAGCCAUUUGUGGAGUAUCUUCAAGGCUUGGGUAUUCCAAGGUUAGCUGUAGCUAGAUUGAUAGAGAAGCGGCCUCACAUCCUUGGGUUUGGAUUGGAGGAGAGGGUCAAACCAAAUGUUGAAUCUCUUCUAGAGUUCAAUGUUAGAAAAGCAUCACUUCCAUCCAUAAUAGCACAAUAUCCUGAAAUUGUAGGAAUUGAUCUUAAGCCAAAGCUGCUUGGUCAAAGGAGUAUGCUGCAGUCAAUUAUUGAUUUGGAACCUGAGGAUUUUGGGACUGUUAUGGAGAAAAUGCCUCAAGUUGUGAACCUCAGUAAUACUUCUAUGGUGAAGCAUGCAGAUUUCCUUAAGGAUUGUGGAUUUUCCUUGCAACAAGUGAGGAACAUGGUUGUGGGAUGUCCCCAGGUUCUUGCCUUGAAUCUUGACAUCAUGAAACUUAGUUUCAGUUACUUCCAAAUGGAGAUGCAGAGGCCUCUUGAUGAUUUGGUUGCUUUCCCGGCAUUCUUUACUUAUGGUCUUGAGUCUACCAUAAAGCCUAGACACAAGAUUGUAGCAAAGAAGGGUUUUAAAUGUUCUCUCUCAUGGCUUCUUAACUGCUCUGAUGAGAAGUUUAAGGAACGGUUGAACUAUGACACAAUUGAGAUCGAGGAGAUGGAAACAAUGCCUUCAUUUGACAUGAAUUCACUGAUGGAACCAAGGAGCGAUGAGUCUGAUUCUGAGUAUGAGGAGGAUAGUGAUGAAGAGUAUGUAUAAAACCAUUGGCCAGGUUCAGCUAUACCCAGCUGGAGACUGAUGUUCCUUCCGCUAUAGUGGUCAACUGGGCAUUGGGUGUUUGGCGAAUGAUUUGUUGAUGGAUCUAGACACCUAAAAAUAGACACCGUCAUAUCAAUGGUUGAUGUUUCAAUUCUCCAAUUUGUUUUCAGUUAUUCUUUUAUUUUUCAAGAUGUUAUUUUUACCUCAUUAUAAAACAAGGUGCUUAUUUAGAAGUCAUUCAAAUACGAAACAUGUUGUAAGUUGUAGCUACUGACAUAAAUUCUGAUGAAAAAAUCUGUGUAGCAUAAAUAAAGCUCAUUUCAACUUUUCUUGGAUGAUUUUCAUGAAUCCUUGAGAAUGAAUGCUUGGU